AUGAUGACGGGACGACGCCUCGUCUUGGGGCUCCUCGCAACGUUGCUGUUGUUGGCCACCACCACCGAGGCCAUUUACCCGGUCGGUCAUUGGGACCAUUGUACGGAGAUUACCAGUUCGGAACAACUCGAUACACUCAUCGAUUCCACACUCGAAGCCGGUCAAACACUCUUUGCGUUUGCGGGGAACAACAAUGUUCGAUUUGCCGACAUUAAUCUUAGGGAAACACCCAUUCGGGGACCACCCUACAAUCCCGGACAGGGAGGAUGGCCCACCAUUCGGUAUUUCAACAAUGCCACUGGCAAAGAAGGAGCACCCUAUCAGAAAAAGAUGGCCGAUCUACCCAUGUGUAAGGAAUUGGGUGAUUUUGAUAGAAUGACGGCGUAUAUCGAGGAGGCUGGCAAUACCAAGCUGGAAGAAGGAGAAGACAGUGAUGACAGCGAGAGUGAAAGUAGUGAGGAUACUGCUGGAGACGAAUUGUAA